AACAGAUAGUAAACCAAAAGUUUUUGUGAUCAACCGACGUCGGUGCCGUUCCUUCGGAAACUAGGACACGAGAGAUAAUUUUAAAAUCAGCUAGGUAAAUUUCCUGCAAUUUCCGGGAACAUGGCAAGUGCAGAAAUUGUACGUGGCCAAGUUUUUGAUGUCGGUCCACGUUAUAAGGAUUUAAGUUACAUUGGAGAAGGAGCUUAUGGAAUGGUUUGCUGUGCUACAGAUAUAUACACUGGUAAUAAAGUUGCAAUAAAGAAGAUUAGCCCUUUUGAACAUCAGACUUAUUGUCAGCGAACUCUUAGAGAGAUAAAGAUUUUAUCACGGUUUAAUCAUGAAAAUAUCAUAAACAUACAAGAUAUAAAACGCUCACCUACAAUUGAUGAUAUGAAAGAUGUAUAUAUUGUACAGACCUUAAUGGAAACUGAUUUAUACAAACUUUUAAAGACACAAAAACUAAGCAAUGAUCACAUAUGUUACUUUUUAUAUCAAAUAUUAAGAGGUUUGAAAUAUAUACAUUCAGCAAAUGUUUUGCAUCGAGAUUUAAAACCAAGCAACUUACUGCUUAAUACCACAUGUGAUCUUAAGAUUUGUGAUUUUGGAUUAGCUCGUGUUGCAGAUCCUGAACAUGACCACACUGGCAUGCUUACUGAAUAUGUUGCAACAAGAUGGUAUAGAGCACCUGAAAUUAUGUUAAAUUCCAAAGGUUAUACAAAAUCCAUAGACAUAUGGAGUGUUGGGUGCAUUCUUGCUGAGAUGUUAUCCAAUAGGCCACUAUUUCCUGGAAAACAUUAUUUGGAUCAAUUGAACCUUAUUUUAAAUGUUCUUGGCUCUCCUGAUAAAGAAUCAUUGGAAUUUAUAAGAAAUUUAAAGGCUAAAAGUUAUUUGCAAGGUUUACCAAUUAAAGAGAGAACACCGUGGAAGACUUUGUUUCCUGAAGCAGACCCUAAAGCUUUGGAUUUACUUGAUAAGCUCUUAGCUUUUAAUCCAAAUAAACGUGUGACUGUGGAGGAAGCACUGGCACAUGAAUACUUAGAACAGUAUUAUGAUCCAAAUGAUGAGCCUGUAGCAGAAGAGCCAUUUACUUUUGACACUGAGUUGGAUGAUCUACCUAAGGAGAAAUUAAAAGAAAUGAUAUUUGAAUCAACUCACAUGUAUGGUUCUGCUGCUCAUCCGUUCUAGUGAAGAAUAUUUAAAACAAAUUUGGUCAAAAGAAUAUACAACGAAAAUAUUGGAGAGCUUUCCUAUCAUUGAAUACAUUCGGUCGCACUUUCAAGAUGUUUUAUUCGACAUUU